AUGGACCCAGACUCAUCUGCAGGCUGGCGGGGCCUCCACUGGGCCAAAAGUGGAGUGGAUGCAAGCCCUAGCUCCACCUCGUGGGUGGAACUUGUCCGAGCUCCUCCCAUGUUCCUCCUUCAUAGGUGGAGCCAGUGUCUGUUACUGAGGCACUCCCAGUAUGCUUUCGGGCAGAGUAGGACCCAGCCAGUCCCCGCUCUUCUUCAUUCUACCCCACCUCCACGCACCCCUCCCUCUAUGAGCACGCCUGUGCCGAGGACUGUGGGGCCCAGCCUCCACCAGACACGUGCCAAUCCAGCUCUAGGACAAAGCCCGCCACCUGCCCCUGCUGCCCCACCGGCCCUGCUGCCCCACUGCCUGCCCCUGCUCCCCGCUGAAUCCCCUGCCCCACUGCUGCCUACCCUUGAGUCCUCAGGGCUGGGGGCUGGGGGUUCUUGGCUGGGAGGGCCCUCCUGCCAGGUAGUGGGCAUCAACAUCUGGAUCCUCCUGGUAUUUGCAGCUUCUGCUCUCGGGGGCAGUGACAGAGGCCGGAAGAAGAUUGUCCAUGUGCUAGAGGAUGAGUCAGGGGCUGUGGUGGUCCAGACGGCACCAGGAAAGGUGGUGACACACCGAGGUGGAACCAUCGUCCUGCCCUGCCGAUAUCACUAUGACAUCUCAGCUCACGAUGAGGAUGAAAUUCGCCUUAAGUGGACCAAAGUGACUGACCCAUUGGCUUUCCGUGAUGUUUUUGUGGCUAUGGGCAAGGAGAGGCGGGCCUUUGGUAGCUACCGGGGCCGGACAUCCCUGCAGGAAGAUGGCCCUGGAGAUGCUUCCUUGAUUAUCCGAAAUGUCACGCUACAGGACUAUGGCCGUUAUGAAUGUGAGGUCACCAAUGAGCUCGAGGAUGACGCUGGCAUGGUCAGCUUGGACUUAGAAGGUGUGAUCUUUCCCUACCAUCCUCGCCUGGGCCGCUACACGCUGACUUAUCCUGAGGCACAGCGGGCGUGCGCCGAGCAGGAUGGCAUCCUGGCGUCCUAUGAGCAGCUGCACGCGGCGUGGCGCGAGGGUCUGGACUGGUGCAAUGCGGGCUGGUUGCAGGACGGCUCGGUGCAGUACCCGGUGGGCCAGCCGCGCGAAGAGUGUGGCCGCCGCGAGGCUCCCGUGGGCGUGCGCAACUACGGCUACCGCCACAAGGAAGACGAGCGCUACGAUGCCUUCUGUUUCACGUCCAAUCUGCAGGGUCAGGUAUUCUUCCUGAAGCCCUACCGCAAGGUGAGCUUUCCGGAGGCGGUGCGGGCGUGUGCGGGCAGCGGCGCCGCGGUGGCCAAGGUGGGCCAGCUGUAUGCCGCGUGGAAGCUGCAACUGUUGGAUCGCUGCGAGGCCGGCUGGUUGGGCGACGGCAGCGUGCGCUACCCCAUCGUCAACCCGCGGGCUCGCUGCGGAGGCCAGAGGCCGGGCGUGCGCAACCUUGGUUUCCCCGACAAGAAGCACCGCCUCUUCGGCGUCUACUGCUACCGCGCGCCAGGCUCCCCGGACCCAGGAGCAGCGCGCUGGGGCUGGGGCUGGAGGGACCCAAGCGCCUGGCGGCCCCUUCACGUCUAG